AUGGGCUCCUUCAUCGAGAAAAUCAAAGCCAAGCUCCCUGGCCACGACGACAAGAAAGAUGCCGCCGAGUCCACUACCGCCGGCCCAGCCCCAGCAACAACCCAGGAGACCGCGCCAGCACCAGCACCAGCACCAGCUGCAGCCCCAAAGACAGCAGCGAGCACAGGCCGCCCGAAGAUCCUCUUCGUUCUGACCUCCCACGACAGGAUGGGCGACACCGGCAACCCGACCGGCUGGUAUCUUCCAGAAUUCGCUCACCCAUACAACAAGCUCGCACCUCACGCCGACAUCACGAUCGCAUCGUCAAAGGGUGGUGAGGCGCCUCUCGACCCAAGCUCGGUGGAAAUGUUCAAAGAGGAUGCGGAGUCGACACGAUUCUUGAAAGAGAAGGAGGCGCUCUGGAAGAACACGGAGAAGUUGGAGACCUUUGUGGGGAGAGAGGGGGAGUUUGAUGCAAUAUUUUAUGUUGGUGGGCAUGGACCAAUGUUUGACCUCGCAACCGAUGGAACAUCUCACUCUUUGAUCCGCUCCUUCUACGAGUCCAACAAGGUCGUCUCGGCCGUCUGCCACGGUCCAGCAGCACUGGCGAACGUCAAGCUCAGCGAUGGCUCGUAUCUCAUUGCGGGUAAGGACGUCACCGGCUUCACCAAUGUCGAAGAGGACCAGGUUGGAUUGAGCAGCGCCAUGCCUUUCCUCCUUGAGACUAAGCUAGUCGAGAACGGUGGCCAGUUCAUUAAGGCUGAGGAGCCUUGGGGUGCGAAGGUCGUCAACAGCGGACUUGAAGGUCGCUUGAUCACAGGACAGAACCCGAACAGCGCGGGACCUGUGGGCGAGGCAAUCUUGAAGGCGAUUGAGAGGCGGUAG